GAAUGGAUGAAACGGAGAGUGCGGAGAGGUAUAGGCAUGCUGUGAUACGGCCCUAUAUAUUUGCCGGCAGGACUAUCUUCCUUUUAAAGACAACCUCCUCCUUGCCUUGGUUUCCACUCAGUGAUGUCGCGUAUUUGUGUGGCGCACCUGUAAAGAGCGAGACAGGCAGAAGCCGGCUUUUUUAAUUAUUUGAUUCCUUUUAUUUCUUCUGUUCUUUUUUCCCUUUUGUUUCCAUGCAUUUGCUGAAAGGAACUCAUUUCUGUGUUUUGAUUUAAUAAAUAUUUCAUUUCCUCAUUUUAUCUUGUUUGUGUUGGCUUUUUAUGUUUCCAAGUUUGAACUAAAGAAAGCGGAAUUCAUCAUUUUACGAGCUAUUGGCCAGGUGUUUCAUUCAGAGAUUGUUUGCCUAAGGACGUCCCUAACUUUCAUUUAUAGAAACGACGGCAACUCCAAACUAACAUGGCAGUCAGACUGUGCGAUGUGGCUUCUCUGCUUAGAAGUGGUUCGUGGGCACCUGAGCCUUGGACUGGGCAGGUAAUUGCUGCCAUGGAAACACAGCUGUCCAAUGGGCCAACUUGCAACAACACAAGCAACGGUCCCUCAACAAUCUCAAACAACUGCUCCUCACCUGUAGAGUCAGGGAGCAUAGAGGACAGUAAAACUAACUUGAUAGUCAACUAUCUGCCUCAGAACAUGACCCAAGAGGAGCUGAAGAGCUUGUUUGGGAGCAUCGGAGAAAUUGAGUCCUGCAAACUGGUUCGAGACAAGAUAACAGGCCAGAGCCUAGGCUAUGGAUUUGUGAAUUACGUGGACCCGAAGGAUGCAGAAAAAGCCAUCAAUACCUUAAAUGGCUUGAGACUUCAGACCAAAACCAUCAAGGUUUCCUAUGCGCGUCCAAGCUCCGCCUCCAUCAGAGAUGCAAAUUUGUAUGUCAGUGGCUUGCCAAAGACGAUGACUCAGAAAGAACUGGAGCAGCUCUUCUCUCAGUAUGGACGCAUCAUUACCUCACGCAUUCUGGUGGACCAGGUGACCGGCGUUUCCAGAGGAGUUGGCUUCAUUCGUUUUGACCGGCGAGUUGAGGCGGAGGAGGCCAUCAAGGGUCUGAACUGUCAGAAGCCGCCUGGUGCCACUGAACCCAUCACAGUCAAGUUUGCUAACAAUCCGAGCCAGAAGACCAGCCAGGCGCUGCUGUCCCAGCUCUAUCAGUCGCCCAAUCGAAGGUACCCAGGACCCCUCGCACAGCAGGCACAACGCUUCAGGUUGGACAAUCUGCUCAACAUGGCCUAUGGAGUCAAAAGGAGUAGAGAAGGACGUGGCCAGAGCCUCGUAUGCUUUUCACAUGAGACCAGUGGAAGCAGGUUCUCCCCCAUGGCCAUUGACGGGGUGACCAGCUUGGCUGGCAUCAACAUCCCGGGGCACGCAGGCACUGGCUGGUGUAUCUUCGUCUACAACCUGGCUCCAGAUGCAGAUGAGAGCAUCCUCUGGCAGAUGUUUGGGCCGUUUGGUGCCGUCACAAAUGUCAAGGUUAUUCGCGACUUCAACACAAACAAGUGCAAAGGAUUUGGUUUUGUCACCAUGACUAAUUACGAUGAGGCAGCUGUGGCCAUCGCCAGCUUGAAUGGAUACCGCCUCGGGGACAGAGUUCUGCAAGUCUCUUUCAAAACCAACAAAACACACAAAGCCUAAUACCCACUGAGAUUGUUUCUAGAAAACUCACCAGAAAACGGAAGCAGAAAAUGGAAGCGUAUUGACCGUAAAUUUCUACGUUAGUAAAAACAGCUUUGUAAAUCAGUGUUGCAAAGAAAAACAAUAUUUAGCGUCCAACAAUGUGAUUUUUUUUUUUUUUUUUUCUUUCAUUGCUACGCUUUGAAUCUUAAUAUACUUUAAAACAAGAAAAAAUAUUGCAGGUUUCAAGGCCUGUGAAGUUCUUGCUGUCUUAACAGAUGGACCAUCUAAAACGUUACUAUAGGUUUUGUCAUUUUGUUGCACAUCUGCUUUGAAACAGUAAGUCUUGUACGGUUAUGUGUAGUGAUUUUCUUUGUACUUUCUGUGUCCUGAUUUGCCAUAGGUGCGUUAUGCCCUCAGUGGUUAGCAAGUACUUACUUUGAACUAUUUGCAGUUUUGUUGAGUUUGUAAGUAUUCCGUUUAUUGUAAUAUCAGUUGGUUAUUUGUUGGCUGCAUAAUGUUGCUUAUUGUAAACUUAAUGGAUAAAAAGACAAAAAAAAAAUUCUUAAAGCAGUACCUUGCCAAAGAGCUAAGAACCUCUUUGAUGUGGGUUUAAAAGCAUCUAUUUUUAUAAAAAGAAAAAUUUGGAGAAACUUUUUACUGGACCUGGAACAAAAUAUUUUGACUUGGAUACUUUGAGAAAUAUCUUCAUAUGACACCUUGUGAGCUUUUGAACUUUACAAGAAAGUUUGCAGUGGUUGAAAUUUCUGGAGAGAUUUAUGAUGUAAAAGAUACCUUUUGAGAUCUUUGUAUUAUCUUUAGAUUAUAGAAUCAGUGGCAGUGCUGGUUUCAUUUGUAAAAUCAUCUGUGGGGUCCCCCCGUCAUCCUGGGUGUUAACGAUGAGCAACUCGCUUUCCGAUUUGAUUUGGAAAACAAAACUACAAAGGUUUAUUUGCAAAAAACGUGCAUGCAAAAUUAUAACAUGGAGAUAUUUAAAAGGUAACUGGGGGAAUAAAAAUCAGUUCUUCCUCUAAGAUUCCCUUCAGAUGGAGCUCAUGGUGUGUUGUGGUGUACCUACGAUAUAUCAUUAGACUGAUUUUGUCUUAAUAUCAGCCAAUAAGGGUUUUUACAUACUUUGUAUGAAAGAUUGAGGACAAGCCAAUGAAGGCAGCUGCUUAAAAAAAAGGAGAAAAAAAAAGACGAGUCUGAAGAACAGAGCGGAUUCCUCCUGAGCUUUGAGCUGUGUAAAUAAGUCUUUUUUUAUGUUGAGUAUUUGGCAGACUUCUUUUGGUUCUAGUUUGGACUUCACUGGAAAGUGUGAUAUUAUAUAUAUCGUUUUGAUUAUUUUUCCUUCAUAGAGUAUGUAAGGUAUUUUCUUUUUGGAUAUUAACGUUUUGAUUUCAGUUUGCCUUCCGUUGAAAUACUUGAUUUGUUGUCCUAUGGACUAGCAUUACAGUGCAUCAUAUUUGUUGGUUGUUUGGUCUGUAGAUAGUCUUGCUUCGUAUAAAAGGAAAAAAAAGUAUUAAACUAUAGACAUUUGUUUUCGUUUUUUAUAUAUAAACAUUAUAGAUAUAUAUUUAUGUGGUAAAGAAUGGAUAUAAACCACAGUUUUGAACUAUUUGAUUACUUUUUUUUUUUUCCAUACUCAUAUAUAUACGUAAUGCAUAUAACCUGUCUUUAAAAUCGUAAAAAGGUGUAUAUUGCUUUAUUCACUUUGGGGGAAGGACAGUGAAGCAGUUCCAUUAACAAAAUUGGUUGCAAACGUUUGUGGAACAUCUAACUCAUCUUGAACAAACGGAGGCCGGUUGAGCCUUAGAUGCACUGAAUACUGCACCUGCAUCCUGCUUGGUCUUGAUCUCAACCAGUUACUGGUCAUGCUUCCCCUUAAAUGAGCAGUGUGCUAUGCAUUAUAGAAUUAUCUUCGCAACUGCUUUUUCUUGUUUAUCUAUUCCUUCUUUGUGUUAAUUGUAAAAGUUAAACUUUAAGUCUAGAUGAGUUGUGAUACUAUGCUGCUGUGGGGGUGGAGGCGACUCAGUUUUUUCAUGCCUGACCUGUCAUUGUCAAAGCAAACAAACAAACAAACAGACAAACUGUUCCUCUGUAACCUCUUCAUGAUGAUUUGGUCUUGGCAAAUUGUGCAGAUGGUCCGGCAUGAAAAAAAAGAAGAAAAAAAAAAACACGUCCCCUCCCGCCCCCUUAUCUCAAUUCCUAAUAUGAGAAUGAUUAUUUAUUUGAAGUUGUAUUGUCUUACUUGGUUUGCAGCAUUUUUGGAAUAGAAUAUCUUUUGAGUAUUUAAAAAGGAUGUACAUGUUUUACUUUGUGUUUGGAUACUUUGGAUUUUUCCCAUGUUCAGUACAUCAAUAAAUAAGUUGAAGGGCAA